AUGAGAAUCACACGACUGCUGUUGUUGGCAGCCGCCGCUGUUGCAGCAGUAAUUCCCACACCCAAACCCGAAGGUGAAGAGGAGGCCCCUGCGCCUUGCCCCGAGAUUUCCGGCAAGGAAUGGGAGACCACCGUAGCUGAGGGAACCUACUGGGUCAAGUUCUAUUCGCCACAAUGCGGCCACUGCCAGAUGCUGGCACCAAAGUGGGAACGAAUGUACCAGGAAAUUGGUAAUGACGUUGCAUCCCGACACGACUUCCACAUUGCUGCUGUCAACUGUCUGGCUGACGGAGACUUGUGUAACCAGGAGAACAUCAAUGUCUACCCCACCCUCAACCUGUACAAGAACGGAAAGAAGGUAGAGACUUACGAUCUGAGAAAGGGGACACAGCCCAGCAGACUGGCAAAGUUUGUGGAGGAAAAAAUCAAGGAGGCCUCCGGUAUCUCCAAGCUGGAGGGAGACGAGGAGAAGAUCGCUUCCACAAAGAAGGCUAACGUGAACGUUGAGGGACUUUCUGUCGACCUGAACCCCACCAACUUCAAGGCUCUUGUUUCUGAUGAUCCUACUGGCUGGUACAUCAAGUACUACCUUCCCUCGUGUCCUCACUGUGUUGCCAUGGAUGACGCUUGGAACGAGGUGGCUGCCAAGUUCAAGAACCAGCUCAAUGUUGGUGAGAUUAACUGCGCCAAGUACGCUGAUUUUUGCCGAGGCCAGGGUAUCGAGUACUAUCCCGCCGUGACUUUCCAGAUCGGAGAGCUCUCUGUUACAUACAACGGCGAGCGAACUACCGAUGCUCUGACCCUCUUUGGUCUGCAGGCCGUUGAGGCUCGAGACAUGAAGUCCGUCAACCAGCUUGAGUUCGAGGAACUUCGACAGAAGCACCCCGAGACCGUGUCUUACAUCUAUCUUCACGACGAGGCCCUCUUCCCCGAGGAUCUGCAGGCUCUUCAGAAGUUCGCCAUUAACGUUGUCGCCCAUGCCAAUGUCUACAAAAGUGACGACAAGAAGCUGGUGGACAAGUUUUCUGUCACCCGACUUCCCGCUCUUGUUGCUGUCAACAAUGACUACACUGAUGAGAUGUCCUUUGAGGUCUACCCAGAGUACGAUGUUGGCCACCUUCGAAACUCUGAACGACUCCUGCAGUUUGCUCGACGAACUUGGCUCCCUCUCAUGCCUGAGCUGACCCCUAUCAACCAGGAUUCUGUUUUCGCUGACGGCCGAAUCGUCGUUCUUGCUCUCGUCGACCGUGAAGACAAAUUCGCCACCAAGGUUGCCAUCGAUGAGCUCAAGCAGUCGGCCACCAAGUACUUCAAGGCCAAGAUGCAUGCUCGACAGAAAGAGUUGGAUCUCCUGCGAAUCCAACGGCACAGUGAGCGAGCCAAGCUGCUCAAGGAGAAGGAUCCCAAGCUCCAGAAGAAGCUCGAGAAGGAUGACACCUCUGUUCCUACCCGACCUCCAGUCCAGUUUGCUUGGAUCGACGCCGACAAGUACUCCAAGUGGAUAGAGAGCCGAUUCCGAUUCAACUGGGACGACCGAAAGGCUAACGCUCCUAUCAUCGUCAUUGAUGAUGCGAAGAACGUUCAGUUCUUUGACACCGACGAUAAGAACGCCAGGCUUGAACCCUCUGAUGCGGAGCAGCUCGCCCGUGUGCUUGAUCUUAUUGAGAAGAACAACAGUCGACAGCUCUUCCCGCGAAGCACUCGAGGGUUCUUCGCUUCUUGGUUCAUCUUCGUCUGGGGACUUAAGACGUACAUUCUUUUGGUUUUCGUGCUCCUGGCCGUUGCCAAGAUGGGCAAGCGCUACCUCAGACACCGUCGAUCUGCUGCUACCCCCACUCUUGGUAAAUGGGAGUAG